AUGGAUACACCUCCUCCAUCCUCCGCCCCCUCCCCCUCUUGUUUACUACUCAUCUCACUACUCUGCUGCCUUCCCCUCUUGCUGCACGGCGGCGAUGAUGAUUCGCCGAUCGAUCAAAUCUGCGGCGACACCGGCAGCUACACCGCCAACAGCACCUACGAGUCCAACCUCCGCCACCUCCUGCCCUAUCUCUCCUCCGUAGCCUCAGUCUCCGACGGCUUCUCCAAUGCCAGCACAGGCGAGUCCGUCGACCAGGUACUUGGUCUCGCCCUCUGCCGCGGCGACGUCAACGCCACCGACUGCGGCACCUGCCUCGACGGAGCUCCCAGUGACACCCAGCAGCUAUGCCCGUACGAAAAAACGGCCGUCAUCUGGUACGACCACUGCCUCCUCAUGUAUUCAAACCAAAACUUUACCUCCGCCUUCAACAACUCCGGGCAGGUCAUCAUGUUGAAUACCCAAAACAUAACGGGCGAGAGGUUUCCCGGGUACACCCGGAGCACCGCCAUUAAGAAUUUCUUCAACCAAGUGGUGAACACUCUACUGAGUCACGUAGCCGAUUCGGCUGCGUCGAAUUCAAACUCCGGAAAGCUGUUCGCCACCGGUGAAUUGACCAUCACGAACGGCUUUCCGACAAUAUACGGGUUAGCUCAAUGCGCUCCGGACAUGCCGGGCCCCGAGUGUCGCCGGUGCCUUCAGGCCCAAAUCAACGAGACACUGAGCUACUUCGACGGGCGGCAAGGGGGACGAGUUCUCGGCAUCUGGUGCAAUUUGAGAUACGAAGUGUAUCCGUUCUACUACGGGAGGUCGAUGACAAGCAUUUCUUCUGUCGCGCCGGGGGACCUGCCCGGUACUCCGCAACCUCCCAGCACUCAGCCAGGUAGCUCGCCGCCUCUCACGGUGUCGCCUCCUCCGCAAAUUCCAACCGAAAAAAGGGCAAAGUUGUAUCACUCUCGACCAACUUUCAAUUUUGAUACUGAUGAAGUAAUUAGGCUUUGGAAGAGUGAAGAAAACAGUUCCGAAUUCUCAUUAUUUGAUUUUGCUACCCUAGUGAACUCUACAAACAAUUUCUCCAUCGAAAGCAAACUGGGCGAGGGCGGUUUUGGGCCUGUUUACAAGGUAAUUCAAGUGCAAUCAAUUUAA